CACGCGGUGAGCACGGUGGAGUACCUGCGUAGUGGGAGCUAUGUGUAGUGAUAGUGGUUCUGACAGUGACGACAGGUCCACACGAGACGACAUCUUCUAAAAACCAUGAUGAACCAAACGUCAACAACAUGACUUUAUCUGCACUGUGUAUUGAGUGGCCUAGGACUGUGGCAAAUAUUGAUUCAGUGGUGGUGACGUGUAGUGGUGGGAUGGCUGGGUUGGGGCGCUAGCUGGUGUUUCUCAUGGCUGUACUGUGGGGUAGUUGUACGAGGGAGGAGGCAGGACAAGAGAGAAGCAUCAGGGGAACAGAUAUUAUGGUGCUCUUUAACGGCUCUUUCGUGUUUCCCUGGGAAGAUGUGCUGGCAACAGGAAGUGUGGCUGAUGAUGGUGUAGGUAGAGCGAGUGUCGGUGUCUGUUACGACGACCAACGCUGUAAACUGACUGACGGUCUCACUUUGACUCGACACUAAACGCAUCAGAACGCUUGUGUAUAAUUGUUUUUAUUCAUGGUUUUAAUGUCAUUAAUUAGUCGAAAUGAUGAUCGUUUAGAAUAUUGACGAGAGAUUGAUGAUAUUGUCAGUCGAUUGUUAAGGUAAAUAAGUUGUCAGUUGAUUGGUAAGGUAAAAUAAGUUGUCAGUUGAUUGUGAUGGUCAAUAAGUUGUCAGUUGAUUGUGAUGGUAAAUAAGUUGUCAGUUGUUUGGUAAGGUAAAUAGGUUGUCAGUUGUUUGGAAAGGUAGAUAAGUUGUCAGUUGUGUGGUAAGGUAAAUAAGUUGUCAGUUGUGUGGUAAGGUAAAUAAAUUGUCAGUUGUUUGGUAAGGUAAAUAAGUUGUCAGUUGAUUGUGAUGGUAAAUAAGUUGUCAGUUGUUUGGUAAGGUAAAUAAGUUGUCAGUUGUUUGGAAAGGUAGAUAAGUUGUCAGUUGAUUGUGAUGGUAAAUGAGUUGUCAGUUGUUUGGUAAGGUAAAUAGGUUGUCAGUUGUUUGGAAAGGUUGUCAGUUGUGUGGUAAGGUAAAUAAAUUGUCAGUUGUUUGGUAAGGUAAAUAAAUUGUCAGUUGUUUGGUAAGGUAGAUAAGUUGUCGGUUGUUUGGUAAGGUAGAUAAGUUGUCAGUUGUUUGGAAAGGUAGAUAAGGGGUUAAACUAUCACCCUGAAAGGGUUAAACCACCAUUAUCAAAGCAUUAAAACAUCAAUCUUAAAUAGUUGAUGGGCUGGGUUAGGUUAGGUUAGGUUGUGUGAAUGCAGUUGUAUGACUUACAUGAUAGGUAUUGGUGUGAACUGUCUGUGAUGGCCGUUAUGGUAAAUUCAGGGGGGGGGGUUAAUGCUCUUGAACCUAUAGUUGUGGUGUCGUCUGGUUGAUCAGGUGGUCCAUAAUUUUUUACAUCUUUUGCAGGGUACAAAUUAUCAUAGCUAUGAUAUGUGAAUUAAAUCUUUGAACUAAUUGUGCAAUUCAAAAGUGCAGUGUUAUUGUGAAUAUUAAGUGUAAGUAAAUAAUUAGAGAUGUAAAGUUCUUACAAGUGGAGCGAACAAGAAUAAAGUUAACCAUAAGUUUAGUAAACAAACUAGACAACAACAACAAACAUGGAGAGUUAUCACAGGACACAAAAAGACAGACAAGCAAAUUUGAAUUAUUUGGAGAGAGACUUGACCCACGAUGAUCACACCAGGAGUGGUUGGGCUGCUGGUGCCUCUUUGUAUUCUCACGAUGAUUAUCAAGACGUAUGUGACUUUGAGAAAUGCAUUAGACUAGGCCUAGUGGGAAAUGUAGAGAGCUUCAGAAGAGUUUGCACAGAAGGUAAAGAAAGGAGAGAAGAGAGGAGUGUCCCCAACAAUAUAGUGCAAGAGAAUGAAAUGUUACAGCAUAAAGUUUUGAAGAUAGAAAUGGAAAACAUUGCACAACAGAAACGCCUCCAGCAGCUAGAGAAGAUGGUGAUGGAACUCGCAUACAACAGAUCCCCAACACACGUGCUGGACAUGAACCAUCACCCGCCCUUCGGUGAAUCUCGUGGUAUAAAUAAGGUAAUGGAAGGUGAGGGAGUUGUGAGCAAAAAUGGGGACUUUUCAUCGAGGAGAACGUACGAGGAGUCAGAACACUGUUACACGAGUGACGAUGAACGGUUGUCUGGAGAUGUGGCGAGUCUCAUGGAAGAGUUUGACAGAAAGGGCAGAGAGAAUGGACUUGUCUACGGUAGAAGCGUUGCAGAUUCAGACGAACUCGAUGAUGUUACGUGCAGAGAGAGCCUGUCGAUGAACGGCUCCUCCAAGUCAACCAUUCAUUCCGAGGAUGUAUCCAGUUCCCCACUGCCAGCCUUCCUCACACCUUCAUAUCACCAUAGUUUAAGCUCAAACAUUAAUCCAUAUUCCAGUGAAAAUGAACCAAUGAUCUCGCCACAGCUGUGUUUAACUACACCGGUCCUUCUCACUGCUGCCGCUUUAAGAGAAGCUGAGAAACAUCAGGGUCUAGUUGUUAAGAAUGAAACAACCAAUAGAUUUUCUUGCCUCUCAAGGAUAAGCAAGGGCUCAGACUUACCCAUUUCUUCCUCUUUUCUUGAUAAAUCUGUCAACAAGCCAGCACUUACUAUCACUCUAGGCAGCAAGGUCAGCCCGUUCUCCAACCUCCUCGCUGGUAUCCACCAAGCAAGCAAUAAGGGUCGAACUAAGAGUAACAAUCCUGGCAAGAGUUAUUGGCCAGGGUGUGAGGAGAGAUCAGAGGCUCCACACACUCCUCCCGCUGCCAAGGACUCUGGUGGGUUUCUCAGUCCUGGUAGUAGUGUGUCUGGUCGAGUGUGCAAGUGGAGUCGCUCACUCAGACUGCCUCUCCUCUCUCCCUUCCCUGACAGUCAUUGUAGUGAUCUUGAUACACAUGCAUCAGAUGGGGAUUUCAUUACUGACUUGAUGUUCAAUCUAGCUGAGAACGAAGAUGAGGAGGCAUCAGAUGAGGAGGACCUGGUGGUAGAUGAGGUGGUGUCCCUCUCCAUGGCUGGGGGAAACAGACAGCGCUCGGAGUCCUUCUGUUCCAUCACCGGUCCGUGUGUGCCGCCAGAUCUUCUCCUGGACACCAGAAAGAUCCAGGAUGAGGAAGGUGUGUCUCUUGGUGAAGUGAGAGAAGAAGACAUUAUGACAGAGAUUGCUGGGGAGCUGGAGGACUCCAUGCUGCUGGAGGAUUCUCCGGAGCUCAUAGAGGACGUGAUGACUCCUGCGCUACACACACAGGCUGAUGUGGUGGAUGAUACUGUCAAGUCAACAAUGAAAGAUGAAGUCAAGCACAGGGUGAAGCAGGAACCCCAGUCAGGUACUGAGGCUUCCAUGUGUGAAACUGAACACGAGGAAAUUGAAUCUCAAGUCGUAAACAAGAAGACUCUGCAGGGCUCCAGAACCCUUCAGAUUGAUGGCAAGGAUGUUAAGCUGCCAGCUGGGUCCAUUAUCUUGGCCAUGGUGAACGAAUCUGGUUCGUUGGUUCCUCUACCGCAGCUCCCGGUACCCGCCCAGUCUCUCACACGCACUGUUAAGGUCGAAACCCACGACGAAGAGAUUGACAUAGAGACUGUUGCUGAAGAGACCCCAGUUCUGGAGGCUGGUGAUCUAGACAGUCUUCUGGCCCAGUUUGAGGCAUCUGAGGCUGUCAACAAAUCAGGUAAUAACAACACUAAGGCUGUCAGCAAGAGCAGCAAACAGUUAAAAUCUGUAGGAUUGACCUCUUCUGUGGCCGGCAACCGUAGAUCUUCAGGUUCUGGGAUAUCGUCGUCUAGCAACUUGCCGCAGGCCUCACCCACUCACCAGAAUAUUAAAGAUGCCUUGCCUAAGGAGAUAAUUGAGAAGAUCAAAGCGUCAACAAAGCGCAAAAGUACACAGAUGUUGCCUGAGCCACUGGUGGUGAGGAAGGGCCGCGGUGUGAAGCAACAAGAGGUCAACCCACACCGUAGUAAAGCUCAUCGUGUAGUGUCUCAAUCCACGACCCCACAGAAUACAACGGAUCUCCGUGUGCCGCCUCCAUUGGACCAUGACUACUGCAUCUCGUCAGAAAAAUCGAAGAAGAACAAGCACAGUGAGAGUCGAGCCGCCAGUAACGAAGGUCUGUUUAACAAACUGCCCGACUACUACACCACCAUCCCCAGACAUGAUGCUAAGAAACAGAGCAUAUCUUCCGACGAAGGGAACGAUGAUGGAGGCAAGAAAGACAGUGGGGUGGAAUCUGGGGACGUGAGCGAUGCCAGCGUAGAGACGGAGGAACGUAGAAAGGAUGGAAAGGACUCGAGAGCUGUUACCAGGGACUGGAGGAACAAAGAGAACAGAGAUGAAGGGGCUGGUUAUAAUAAGGACAGUAAUAUUGAUAUAUAUAACAAACUGCCAGCUUAUAUGACAGACAUCGGUAACUCCAAACCCAAAGAUGAUGUGGAGGCCGAUGGUAAUGGUAGUGAUGGAGAGAAAGAAGAAGAAAAGAUGGUGGAAGACAAGCCAGAGGCGAAGAAGAUUAAAAGGAAGCUCAAUUUAUCUGAAUAUCGUCAAAGAAUCCAGAGCACGCAGAGUAGUCGCUGCCCCUCACCUGCUCUCACAGACACCUCUCAGGCCCCUUCUGGUGUUACGUCCCUGCAGGUGUCUGAGUUGGUGGGAAAAAUGGAGAGUGCAAAGACCGAAAAUCUGGAGAAGAAACAACUGGACAAACCUGAAAGUGACUCCAGCAGGCAUGUGGCACAGGACGAAGAGAUGGAGGAAGGGGAGUUGAAAGGAGACUCUGAAUCGGAAACCCCAGUCAAACCACACUCUGGAGGUACAACAACUACGGGGUGUCUUGACAAUUCAACCUCUGCCAAGUUGCCAAAAGAUCUAGAGGCUAAAUCACCAGAGAAAUCACUGUCGGUCUUAUCAUUGUCAUACAACAGUUGUUCGGCCGGUAACUUUGAUGGAUGCUGGAAGAGCGGUUCACACGGUCCUUCGUCACGGAGAUGGUCGUCCUCGAGUAGGAGCAGAAGUCGUAGCAAAAGUCCAGUCAUUAUUAAAAAACAUUCUUCACGUAAGCACAGAUCCUCCCGUGGAAAGAGGAGAAGAACUCACAGGUGCUCUCGUUCCUCACAGUCGCCACAUAGUUCAUCACGGAGACGGUGGUCAAGGUCUCGUUCUCGCUCAAGAUCAAAAGGAAGGUCUUGUUCGUCGUCCAGUUGCAGCUCUACACGUUCCAGUUCAAGAUCACGAUCUCGUUCUAACUCCGUUAAGACCAGAGACAGAUGGGUGUACUCACACAGACUUGCCAGCAGAGAAAGAAGACGAAGAUCUCACAGUCGUUCCCGGUCUCUGUCUUCAUCGCGUUACAGCAGAGUGACAAGAUCGCGCUCUCCAGUGUGGGGCCCAAACAGACAGUCACGAUCUCCUCACCAUCGACUUCCUCUGAGGCCCAGGAGACCAGAAGAUGAAGACAGGACCAGACAGGUUGAAGAGAGGAGAGUCAUUUACAUCGGCCGUAUAUCUGAGGGCACCACUAAGGGGGACCUUCGCCGCCGCUUCCAGAAGUUUGGAGAUAUUGUUGACAUCAGCGUACACUUCAGAGAACAUGGUGACAACUAUGGAUUUGUGACUUAUAAAAAUAGAGAUGAAGCUUACAAUGCUGUUGAGCACGGCAAUGAUGACCCCUCUGUACCACGCUAUGAUCUGUGCUUUGGUGGUCGCAGAGCUUUCUGCAAAGUCCAGUAUUCUGAUUUAGAUGCUCAGGCCAACAACUCGCAGUACGUUGGGGCGGCAGUUGGGGUCCCCGUACCCGCCAGACCACCUCCUAGUGACUCCAUGGACUUUGAUUCUCUGCUUCGUGCAGCUAUGAAGAGGAAAACACGAUGACCUUGGGGUUACAUAGCUUUUUCCUUUGUAGUAAGAAUCUAUAGCUGACCUGUCGUGUAAAUAGGUUAACAAUUUUGUUGAUAAUAAUAGUAGUCAGUGAGUCAGUCAUGAAUUUGUUAGGAUUUUUUAUUUUUUGUUUGUAUUUUUUUAUUAUUAAUUUUUUUUAAUAUUAAUAUUUUGCUUAUGGAUAUAUCCCUGGCAUUAUAUAUAUAUAUAUAUAUAUUAUUCUUGUGACAGUUUUUGAAGUAGGGACGGCCAUCCCCUCCCCUCAUGGUCCUAAAAUAUUUGUACAUAGCACAGGCCAUGUUUCUUCAAUACACAAGUUAAGAGAGGGAAAAAAUUCAUCACCUGGGAUGAGAGAAUCUAUGAGCGGCGUCACGAGUCUCCGGGUACUGUGAUGAUCUCUUUUGUGGAUCAUUGUGCUCUUGGGCCGGACCAUAGUCACAUUGUUGAACCGGGGGAAAAACUCUUGCAGCUGUUGAGAUUUUUUAGAGUUGACACUUGACAUUUACCUUGUUUAAAGUUUUUAUUUGGGUCGAGGAGUAGUGUUGCCCGGCGUGUCCCAUCCGGAGUCUUGAAGUUCAUUAACACACACAAAAUGGAAGGAGGGGAGGGUAUGUACCACAAUAUACUGUAACCCCCUUAUCCCUUCCUCCUGAUGUGAACCUGAUGAAGUGGGAUGUGUAAUGCUUAUAUCAGUCAUGCCUUAAUUUAAUUGAUCGGGAAUCAAAACACAGUUCUUCAACAGUUGUAUGUGACUGGAUAACUUAAAACAGACAGUGAAUUUAUACUAUCCCAAAUGUGCAGUUAAUUUAAUUAUUUACUUUGGAAAUUUGUCAUAAUUGUUGUAUGCAGUUGGUGUGUGAUAACUGACAUUUUUUCCAAUAUAUAUAAA